CCUCGAGCUCCAGCGCCUUCCUUCCGCACAAGCACAAGCCACCAUGAUGAACGACGUCAAGCCCGCGACACUGCCGCCGUCGCCGUCGCACGAGACCCGCCACCACCAGAGCCACAGCGUGGAUGGCAUCAGCCCGCGCGCCAGCCACUCCACCGUGAGCUCCGUCGCCACGCUCGCCGCCGACCACGACAAGUCCGCCCACCACGCCCGCCGCCUCUCCACGGGUCAAAUGGCUGACGAGGUCGUCCCCAAGGAGCGCAUCGACGUCAUCUACGACUACCUCCAUGAGCGCAUCUCGAGUCGCCCGCUCAUCGGCGUCGUGUGCGGCUCCGGCCUCGGAGGACUCAGCAACUGCCUGUCCAACACGGAGACCAUCAAGUACGAGGACAUCCCGCAGUUCCCGCGCUCCACCGUCGAGGGCCACGCCGGAGAGCUCGUCUUCGGCGACCUGGAGGGCUUCCGCGUCGUGUGCAUGCGCGGCCGCUUCCACUGCUACGAGGGCUACGCCAUGCGCGAGACGGCGCUGCCCAUUCGCGUCAUGUACCUCCUCGGCAUCAAGUACUUGCUGGUGACCAACGCCGCGGGCGGCCUGAACCCGGACUUCAACGUGGGCGACGUCAUGAUCCUGAACGACCACCUGAACGUGCCCGGGCUGUCGGGUCAGCACCCGCUCAUCGGGCCAAACGAUGCCCGCUUCGGCGCGCGGUUCACACCACUAUCCGACUGCUACGACAAGAAGCUGCAGGAUCUGGCCGUGAGUGUAGCGGAGAAGGUUGGCCUCGCGCCCAAACUGAAAAAGGGUGUGUACUGCUUCGUUUCCGGCCCCACCUACGAGACACCAACCGAGUGCCGCUUCCUUCGUCUGGUUGGGGGCGAUGCCGUUGGCAUGAGCACGGUGCCAGAGGUGAUCGUGGCCGCGCACUGCGGCUUGAAGGUGCUGGGCUUGUCCCUGAUCACUAACAAAGCGCUCUUCCCAGGAGAAGAGCGCGAGGCGGCUUCCCACGACGAUGUUCUUGAGGCCGUUCAGGCCACGCAGCACGACAUCGAGACGUACGUGCGGGACCUGAUCGCGGCUGUAGGAAAGCAGCACCACUCCUAGGCGAGGCGUCUCUCUAAGUUAUAAGUCUACCAGGUGAAAUGAACCAGCAACGAUAUCGAUUGCGUUGUU